UUGACAAUGACACGUCUUUUUUUCUAUGAGAAGUUGUCAACUUGCGUCGUGUUGGAAAAACUGCAUGUGUCGCUAUGUUCAGUCUCGUCAGUUCUCGAAAUAAAUAAAUUGAACAUGGCUGAUAUCGAGGGACAUAAACAUCGGGAAGUGAAUUUCCAUGAGAGCGAAGUGAUAGAGAAGCCAGCACCGCCGCUCGCGCCCACCGGCCCGCGCGGCGUGCAGGUCGUCAACACAGGCCCCGACCACACGUUUAUACUCGACGAAGAGGCCUUAAAGGAGCUGCUACACGAUGAGGACAUCAGGGAACGAGCCGUGGUGGUCGUGUCCGUGGCCGGGGCCUUUAGGAAGGGGAAGAGCUUCCUGCUCGACUUCUUCCUCAGAUAUAUGCACCACAAGUACGGCAGCGGCGGCGGCGGCGGCGACUGGUUGGGAGCGCCCGACGAGCCGCUGCAGGGCUUCAGCUGGCGCGGGGGCUCCGAGCGAGACACCACCGGCAUCCUUAUGUGGUCCGAGAUCUUCAAGGCUACUCUAGACAACGGGGAGAAGGUGGCGAUAAUCCUGCUGGACACACAAGGAGCGUUCGACAGUGAGUCGACGGUGCGGGACUGCGCGACGGUCUUCGCAUUGUCAACCAUGCUGUCCUCAGUGCAGAUCUACAACUUGUCACAGAACAUUCAGGAGGACGACUUACAACAUUUGCAGCUGUUCACGGAGUACGGCCGCCUGGCGUUAGAAGACAGCGGUCGCACACCCUUCCAGAGGCUUCAGUUCCUGGUCCGGGACUGGAGCUUCCCGUACGAGGCAGCGUAUGGUGCCGAGGGCGGCAACACCAUCCUGCAGCGGCGGCUCAAGGUGUCAGACAAGCAGCACCCGGAGCUGCAGUCCCUGAGGAAGCACAUCACGUCGUGCUUCUCCGAGAUAGCGUGCUACCUGCUGCCCCAUCCCGGCCUGCGGGUCGCCACCAACCCGCACUUCGACGGACGGCUCGAAGACAUAGAGCCUGAAUUCAAACGGUCGCUUCAGCAGCUGGUGCCCAUGCUGCUGGCUCCACAGAACCUCGUGCCCAAGCUCAUCAACGGCCAGAAAGUCAAGGCCAAAGAGCUGGUCCAGUACUUCGUGUCUUACAUGAACAUUUACAAAGGCAAUGAGCUUCCCGAACCGAAGAGUAUGCUUGUGGCGACAGCGGAAGCGAACAACCUCACAGCCGUAGCCGAGGCCAAAGAAGUAUACACCACGCUCAUGGAAGAAGUGUGCGGAGGUGCCAAACCUUACCUACAGACACUACUGUUGGAGGCAGAACAUAGCAGGGUCAGAGACAAGGCCCUGCACGCCUUCCACUCCAAGCGGAAAAUGGGAGGGGAUGAGUUCAGCCAGUCCUACUGUGAGCAGCUGGUCCGGGACUUGGAGGAGCAAUUCAAGCAGUUCAGCGCGCACAACGAGAGCAAGAACAUCUUCAAGGCGGCGCGCACGCCGUCCGUGUUCUUCGCCAUCGCCAUGUUCUUCUACGUGCUGAGCGGCGUCUUCGGCCUCGUCGGCCUCUACCCCAUCGCCAACCUCUGCAACCUGGCCAUGGGCUUCGCGCUGCUCACGCUGGUGCUGUGGGCGUACAUCAGGUACAGCGGAGAGAUGCGGGAGCUGGGCGUGACCAUCGAUGACACGGCCAGCGUGCUUUGGGAAAAUGUAAUGAAGCCGCUAUACCAAGCCGGCCUCGAGAAAGGCAUGGAGCACGCCGCCAAGGCCGCCGCCGACAGCGCGCUCGGCCCCGCCGCGGCCUCGCCCGCCGCCAACGGCAAGCGCAAGAAGUUGUGAUGCCCGACCGGACCGAGACAGCGCAUCCAGACCACACACAGGUCGGAGCGGGACAGAACGAGGCGCGGCGGUGGCUCUUUAAACCGAUGGUUAGUGACGCGACAUAUCGAUGACAUAUCACCAGGUGCGCGUGGGGUUACCGGUUUAGUUCAGAUUUUUUACUUGCCGUGGGAUCGGCACGUCGGAUCUGUUUUAAAAGGCCUUAAAAAUGCUGAUGGUUAAUCCUAUGUAAUCCUAUGUAUAAAUGUGCGAGUGGAGGGGUCCCGACGGACAUAUUAUCCGGAUUUUCAACCUGUCGAUCCCGCUCUGAUGUUGGAUUUGUUUUAGCCUACGUUUUUAGAAUGCUCAUGGUGACCCCAUAUGUAAAUGUGCGAGUGUAGGGUUCCCACACUUGGAGUACUGACGGACAUAUCCAAGAUAUUAAUGUGUCGAUCCCACUCUGAAGUAGGAUUUAUUUUAAGGGGAUCCCGUGCCCCGAUGACCAUCGAUCUGAAUCCCUUAGUUUUCCAAUGUUUUUGUAGCUUAUCAUAUUAACAACGACGGCUUUAAGGAAUAUAGUAUCCCAUGUUUACUUCAAAGUUCAUUGUCUUCGAGAUAUUUGGCAUCAAUUACGUUGAACAAUUUUAGGCCAUAACUUUUGUAUUAAUUAGUUUAAAAUUAAAACCUCUGACCAGUUUUUAGAAACAUCAAAGACUAUCCCAAAUAUGUAGAUUUCGUAUAUGCAAGAUCUUUCACAGCAAUCAAAAUACGAAAAAAGUGUUUUUUUUUAGACAAUGUUUAAAAAAAUCUUAAAAAAAUAAGUAUUCAUUUCUUUCAAAAUCCGGUAGACGUAAAAUGAAAUAAAAAAUUGAAGAACCGAUAGCCGUUUGUCUUAUAAUUCUAUAUGUAGUGCAAAAGUAGGAGAUACGAUUCAAAACUUGUCAAAAAUCUAUAAAAACCUCUGGCCAUUUUAAAAUAUUAAUGGUAGCCCUAUACGUAUGUUAAUUUGCUUCUGUAGGGUUACCAUGAAUCCUGACAUGUAGAUUUUUACUGUGUCAAUUCCACUUCUAAUGUCGGAUAUAGGACAACAGUAACCCUAUAAUGUAAAUGUGUGUGAAUGGACCCACGCCUUAUGUCGAUUAGCCGGUAAGUGUACGGUUUAUUUUAGAGUUAUCGAUGUUUUUGAAGCGUGCGGUGGCGGAUUGUGUUCAUGUCGAGUGCGUAGAAAAUUAUAACUAAAUUAUAAGGAUAUAUAGUUAUAGUGUAGCAAAAUUAAUUGUUGUUUUUUCGACUCUUAUCGAGUCUGCCUCAGUUGGACUAAAACCAUAUUUUAAUAGUUAUUGACCAACCGGCGAAUCAACUUUUUUUUACUUGAAAUAUCAGCAGGUUUUAGUACAUUUAUAAUACAAAUAUAGAAUAGUAAUGUAUAUUUUAUAAAUCGCGAUCCCAUUUAAAAGUUUCCAGAAUAGUAGCACAAAAAAACGAAUAUGGUCACAUUAAGUAAAUCGAAAAUAUCAAACGGACGGUUUUUGAAUCACUUGUUGUAACGCACGGGAGUGUGGAUGUACUUAAAAUAUUUGUAAGGAUUUCUAAAUUACUCUAAAAUGUAGUAACAAUAGU